ACACAAAUUCAGUACCUUUCUCUGCCAAAUUCCUUCUUUAUCUUUUACCUUUUUCACGUAGCACCAACGCCAUUGCAGAAAAAAGGCACGAUCUCUCCUGCUCCGCUCGCCUUCAAUUUGCCAUCUCUGUGCUCACGAACCUCGCCGAUCGGAUCGGACAGCUUCUCCAGAUUGAUGUGAAUCAGAAGAGGUUGAUUACAGAAAUCUCCCGGUUGAAUUUCCAGAGAGUGAACUCAUUCCACCACGACAUCGCUAUCGGGCGCAGACAGCAUCCUAAAUUCUGCAAUAUUCCAUGGGGGGCGCACAGGGAUGAUUGGCAGCCAAAACACGCGGACGGUGUCCCUGCGUUUUCUUGUUCUUGGCGUAAGCAAGACUGCUGAUUAGGCUUAUAUAAUAAUGGAUUUGAAUUUGAGGGGGUUGCUUGCCAGCACUUUUGACCUGUAUUGAAGUCCAUUUUGGAGUCGUUUGUGAACUGCCGGUAUGCAAGGGAACAAGUAUAACAACCACCCACAAGUUCCCGAUACCCGAACUGCGAGACUUUUGAGAGAAAGAGAGCUCAGAAGAAACAACAGAACUCCGCCUGCAGUUUAUGGAAAUGAUUACGUUAGAAGAAUCAAUGUCUCCGAAAAUGACAUCUCUGGAACUUCCAGCGUGGAACAGAAUUCAGAAGGAGCUGUCCGAACAUUUAAUGAGGGGGAGAGGUCUGAUGGGAGGCCAACCAGACAAAGAUUGCUAGUAGUUGCAAACAGACUCCCUGUGUCGGCAGUGAGGAGAGGAGAGGAUUCUUGGUCACUAGAGAUAAGUGCAGGAGGUCUAGUCAGCGCACUUUUAGGUGUUAAGGAGUUUGAGGCGCGAUGGAUUGGUUGGGCAGGUGUCAAUGUACCCGAUGAGAUUGGGCAAAAGGCACUCACUAGAGCUCUAGCAGAGAAGAGGUGCAUUCCUGUUUUCCUUGAUGAAGAGAUUGUCCAUCAGUACUACAACGGCUAUUGCAACAAUAUAUUAUGGCCUCUGUUUCAUUAUCUUGGACUUCCACAAGAAGACCGUCUUGCUACGACCAGGAGUUUUCAGUCACAGUUUACAGCAUAUAAAAAGGCAAACCAAAUGUUUGCUGAUGUUGUUUACCAACAUUAUCAAGAGGGUGAUGUAGUCUGGUGUCAUGACUACCACCUAAUGUUUCUUCCAAAGUAUUUGAAGGAUCAUGACAGUAAGAUGAAAGUUGGAUGGUUUCUGCAUACGCCAUUCCCAUCCUCGGAAAUUCACAGGACUUUGCCAUCUCGAUCUGAGCUGUUGCAUGCGGUUCUAGCUGCUGAUUUAGUGGGCUUCCACACAUAUGAUUAUGCAAGACACUUUGUGAGUGCUUGUACUCGUAUUCUUGGACUUGAAGGAACUCCGGAAGGAGUAGAGGAUCAAGGGAGAGUAACACGUGUAGCUGCGUUCCCUAUAGGAAUUGAUUCUGAGAGGUUCAUCCGUGCUCUUGAUGUUACUGAUGUUCAGAAGAACAUUAGAGAACUAAAAGAAAGAUUUGCUGGAAGAAAGGUAAUGCUUGGUGUAGAUCGUCUUGAUAUGAUAAAAGGGAUCCCUCAAAAGAUACUGGCAUUUGAAAAAUUUCUGGAGGAAAACCCAUACUGGCGUGACAAGGUUGUUUUGCUACAAAUUGCUGUGCCUACGAGGACAGACGUUCCCGAGUAUCAAAAACUUACAAGCCAGGUUCACGAAAUUGUUGGAAGGAUCAAUGGCAGAUUUGGAAGUUUGACUGCUGUUCCCAUUCACCAUCUGGAUCGGUCCCUCGACUUCCAUGGCUUGUGUGCACUUUAUUCUGUUACCGAUGUAGCACUGGUCACAUCUCUACGGGAUGGAAUGAAUCUCGUCAGCUAUGAGUUUGUGGCGUGCCAAGAUUCCAAAAGAGGGGUUCUCAUCCUCAGCGAAUUUGCUGGAGCAGCACAGUCCCUUGGUGCUGGAGCAAUUCUUGUAAAUCCUUGGAACAUCACAGAAGUUGCUGCUGCUAUAGGCCAAGCUUUGAAUAUGCCUGCUGAUGAAAGAGAAAAACGUCAUCGGCAUAACUUUGAACAUGUGACAACACAUACUGCCCAACAAUGGGCUGAAUUCUUUGUAAGUGAACUGAAUGAUACCGUUAUCGAAGCCCAGCAGAGAAUCAGAAAAUCUCCACCACCACUUGUCGUCAGUGAUGCUGUCCAGCACUACUUGCAGUCUAGUAAUCGGUUGCUUAUACUGGGUUUUAAUGCCACACUAACCGAACCAAUCGACACUCCUGGAAGAAGGGGAGACCAAAUCAAAGAAAUGGAGCUUAAAUUGCACCCGGAGUUGAAAGGACCUCUGACCAUGCUUUGCAACGACCCAAAUACAACAAUUGUGGUCCUUAGUGGAAGUGACCGAACGGUCCUAGAUGAGAACUUUGCGGACUACAACAUGUGGUUGGCAGCAGAGAAUGGUAUGUUUCUAAGGUCUACGAAUGGAGAAUGGAUGACAACAAUGCCCGAGCACUUGAAUAUGGAUUGGGUUGACAGUGUAAAGUGCAUUGAACAACCAUUCCAGCAUGUUUUCGAGUAUUUCACCGAAAGGACCCCAAGAUCACAUUUUGAACGACGAGAAACAUCGCUUGUAUGGAACUACAAGUAUGCAGACAUUGAAUUCGGAAGAUUGCAAGCCAGAGACAUGCUGCAACAUCUCUGGACUGGUCCAAUUUCAAAUUCAUCUGUUGAUGUUGUCCAAGGAAGCCGUUCAGUCGAGGUGCGAGCCGUUGGUGUCACAAAGGGUGCUGCUAUUGACAGGAUAUUAGGAGAAAUCGUUCACAGUAAAGCCAUCAGCUCGCCAAUUGACUACGUUUUGUGCAUUGGACAUUUCUUGGGCAAGGAUGAGGAUGUGUACACAUUUUUUGAGCCAGAGCUCCCUCCGGAUUCGUUAGGUUUACCAAGAACCAAAGUAACAGAGGCGAUCAAGCACUCCCUUGAGAAAAAGCAAUCAGCAAAGGUUCCAUCAGGGCGAAGCAAUUCCAAGCCACAGAGUAAGAAUCAGCAGGCGCAGACGCAGCACCAUGGAAAUAACCAUGACAAGAAAUCGAACAACCACGCCUCGGGCAGCCAGCACCACAGGCGACCGUCUUCUGAAAACAACACUACUUGGAAUGUGCUGGAUUUGAAGAAGGAGAACUACUUCUCGUGUGCUGUGGGACGCACUCGAACGAAUGCGAGGUAUCUUCUCACUAACUCGGAUGAAGUUGUUGCCUUUCUUAACGAGUUGGCCGAAUCUUCGGCGCCAUUCCGGAACUAGUGUUAUUUCAUUAUUCACAAGUUUUUGCAACCCCUGCUAUAUAUACAAGUUACGUAUGUAGUAGUAGUAGUAGUAGUAGUAGUAGUACUAGUCUUUAGUUGAGGCCUUUCGUUUGGCUGCAUGCUGUUUUAUACAUUUUAGAUGCAAAUCUAUAAUGUGCAAUGUACCAAAUUUGAUUGUGAUGGUCCUUUCCCCGUUUCAUUAUUGUUAAAUUUAUAGAUUGUUUUUAUUUCGUUU